GGUUAUCUCUACAGUGCGCCCGAAUCGGGGAUUUAUCGGGCGACGAUCUUCCUCCUCCAUGGCUUCCCCGACCUGUCGAUGGGGUGGCGCUAUCAAAUCCCCAUGCUGAUCUCCAUGGGUCUCCGCGUCAUCGCCCCGGAUUGUCUGGGCUACGGCCGAACAGAUGCCCCCGAAGAUAUCGAAUUAUACUCCAAUAAAAGCUGCGCCAACGACAUCAAAGAACUCGCCUCUCAACUCCACGCUUCAACCAUUAUCCUCGGCGGGCAUGACUGGGGCGCAGCCCUCGCCUACCGCGUCGCCCUCUGGCACCCAGACCUAGUAAGCCACAUCUUCACAGUCUGCGUACCCUACGCAGCGCCGACGCGCAAAUACCUCGCGCUGGAGGAAAUGGUCGAGAACAUCGCGCCGCACUUCGCCUACCAACUGCAGUUCCGGAGCGGGGAGCUCGAAAAUGCGAUCAGCAGCAAGGAGGACAUCGAGAAGUUCUUGUCGGCGCUGUAUGGCGGGCGCACGGAUGAGAGGGAUGUCGCGUUUGAUGCCGAGUAUGGGGUGUUGCUGGAGAGGAUGGAGUUGGUGAGGCCAUCGCCGUUGUUGAGUGAGGUGGAACUGGAGUACUAUGCGACCGAAUUCGCAAGGAAUGGGCUUCGAGGACCGUUAAACUGGUACCGCACGCGCGAAAUCAACUUCGAAGAAGAACUCGCGAUCCUGAACCAGCGAAUCACCGCGCCAUUGCUCUUCAUCCAAGCGCUCAAGGACACCGCCCUGCCGCCGCACCUGGGCAAGGGGAUGACGCGCACGAUCCCGCAUCUAACCUUCAAGCAGGUGAACACGUCGCAUUGGGCGCUAUGGCAGGCGCCGGAGGAGAUUAAUGAGAUGAUUCGGUGGUGGUUGACUGAGGUGGUGUUUAAGAGGGUGCGGUUGGCGAGGUUGUAACUUUUUUUUAUGAGUUAGAUGUUGGAUGGUAAGCGAGAAGGAAGAGAAGGAGG